CGACCGACGUUGUUUUGGUUCGGCGAGACGAGGAGAGACACGCUGACCAUGACGGCCGAUAUGGAUUCUGAGGAUUCUAGUGUUUCUGUGAUUAUUAAGAGGCGAAUUACACCCCUAAUCCAAGUGGAAGUAGAGCCCGUUGGACAGUGGUUUCACGCAUACGAAGCUCGGCGUUUGCGGGGACACUUGAUUUCCUCAGCAGGAGAGUCGGAGGAAGAAAGUGAAGAUGAGGAAAACCCAGAAGUCGAGAUUGAAGAUGACAUUCAGUACCUCAGGUCACUUAGUCCAGCAGAUUGGAAGAACCAAGACCAUUAUGCUGUGUUGGGUUUGAAGAGGUACCGCUACAAGGCAUCUGAUGACGACAUCAAAAAAGCCUACCGCAUCAUGGUUCUGCGCCACCAUCCUGACAAGAGACGAGGUGCAGGUGAAGAAAUCCGCGAUGAUGACGAUUACUUCACGUGCAUUACCAAAGCCUAUGAGAUCCUGGGAGACCCUGUGAAAAGGCGUUCCUGGGACUCGGUCGAUCCCGAGUUUGAUGAUGAUAUUCCGCCAGUGACGUCCCACAAUAAGGCUAAUUUCUUUAAGGUUUUUGGUCCUGUGAUAGAAAGAAAUACUCGAUGGUCUACGAGGAAGCACUGCCCACUUCUAGGAAAGCCUGACGACUCAAAAGAAAAGGUUGACAGGUUUUACAGCUUUUGGUACGACUUUGAAUCCUGGCGAGAGUUUUCAUAUCUUGAUGAGGAAGAGAAGGAAAAAGGGCAAGACCGAGAAGAGCGAAGAUGGAUAGAGAAACAAAACAAAGUUGAGCGAGCGCGUCGACGCAAGGAAGAAAUGGCUAGACUCAGAAGACUAGUAGACAAUAUAUAUGCCUGUGACCCCAGAAUUGCAAAAUUCAAGGAGGAAGAGAGAGAGAGAAGGCUGGCUGUGAAGAAAGCUCGAGCCGAUGCACUGAGACAGAAGCAGGAGGAGGAAGAGAGAAUAAAACAAGAAGCAGAAGAAGCUGAAAGGAAGAAGAGGGAAGCAGAAGAGGCAGAGCAGAGAGCUAAACAAGAAAUAGAGAAAAAGGAGAGAGAAACGCUAAAGAAAGCCAUUAAAAAAGAGCGUAAGACUCUACGAACACUCUGUAAGGACCAUAAUUACUAUGCAACCAAGGAAGAUGACAAAGUGCAGUUAAUGACAGAUGUUGAACUGUUAUGCGAAGCUCUAGAACUGAACAAAAUUGAGGACCUGAACAAGGAACUUACUAGGGCGGGAAAGAACCAUUCUUCAGCAAGAGAAGUUUUGAUGAAGGAGGUAGAAGAAAUCCGCAAACAAAUUAAACGUGAACGAGAGGAGGUGGCAGCAGCAGCAGCAAAAGGGGGUGGGGGUGGUGGCAGUGAUAGUUCUGCUAAUAAACCUUGGAAUCAGGAUGACUUACAACUUCUUAUCAAGGCUGUCAACCUAUUUCCCGCUGGUACAACUAAGAGGUGGGAGGUGGUAUCAGAAUACAUCAAUCAACAUACAUCAACAAACAUCACAACAAGGAAUGCCAAGGAGGUGUUAGGAAAAGCCAAGGAAUUGUUGCACUCGGAUCAACACAUGCGAGAAGCUGCUAAUAAACACGCAUACCAGAGUCUUGAAAAGUCACAGACAAAGCCAUCAAUUAGUGAUUCUACUGCUUCUCAGAGGUUCGAUACUCCCCAAGAAAUGCUGGGUAUGAACACCAUGGCAUGGAGUCCCGAGGAGCAGCGCUUACUAGAGCAGGCUUUGAAGACCUAUCCAGUGUCUACACCAGACCGCUGGGAUCGCAUAGCUGAAUGUGUGCCAAAUCGCACCAAGAAAGACUGCAUGAGGCGAUACAAGGAAUUGGUAGAGAUGGUGAAAGCCAAAAAAGCUGCUCAGGCUGCAGCUGCCAAGAAGUAAUAGAAGAAAGAAGCAAAUGGUGAACAAGAGAUAUCUUUAAGCUGCCAUGUAGAAGAUAUUUACAUCUGCAUUGUUUCUCCAUAAGAAAAAGGACAAAAAACAUAACUUGGUGGAUCAUUUUAACUUCUGUAACCCUGAAAUAUAAAAUACAUCAUAUAUAACAGAAACA